GCCAGGGCCGGGCGCCGAGCAGGUGGGAGCCGGCGGCUUCCUGGCCGGCCGGGCGAGCGGGGGUGGGGUGCCUGGCGGCGGGCGGGUGGCCGGCUGCCGAGCAGCGGGCCUGGCCUCUCGGGAGCCCCCCGACGACGCCCCGCCCUUGGCUUGUUUUCUCAGCAGUCGUCGGCCCGGGCCGGGAGCUGGAGCCCCACAGACUCCCAGGGCCGUCGAGGAGCCGCCUCUGCCGGGGGAGUCGCUCGAACUCAGACGUCCCAUCCUAGAGCGACCCGCCGGGUCGGAGGUAACUCAGCCCAGAUGUGAGGGCCAGGCAUGGCGUGCGAGCAGGGUCUUUUGAAGGAUGAGUUGGAGUUUGCCAGUCACUUGCACAUUAAUUCCGAGGCCGCCAUGGAGCAGUGUGCGAGCGUGGAGAGAGAAGUGGACAAGGUCCUGCAGAAGUUCCUGACCUACGGGCAGCACUGCGAGCAGAGCCUGGAGGAGCUGCUGCACCACGUGGGCCAGCUGCGGGCCGAGCUGGCCAGCGCAGCCCUCCAGGGGACCCCACUCUCAGCCACCCUCUCCCUGGUGAUGUCCCAGUGCUGCCGGAAGAUCAAAGACACCGUGCAGAAACUGGCUUCGGACCACAAGGACAUUCACAGCAGUGUCUCUCGAGUGGGCAAAGCCAUUGACAGGAACUUUGACUCUGAGAUUUGCGGUGUGGUCUCCGACGCAGUGUGGGACUCGCGGGAGAAGCAGCAGCAGAUCCUGCAGAUGGCCAUCGUGGAGCACCUGUACCAGCAGGGCAUGCUCAGCGUCGCUGAGGAGCUGUGCCAGGACUGCUCUCUCUCCCUACAGGAAUCAACACUGAAUGUGGACUUGGAUUUCAAGCAGCCUUUCCUGGAGUUGAAUCGAAUCCUGGAAGCUCUGCAUGAACAAGACCUGGGGCCAGCAUUGGAAUGGGCCGUCUCCCACAGGCAGCGCCUGCUUGAGCUCAACAGCUCCCUGGAGUUCAAGUUGCACCGACUGCACUUCAUCCGCCUCUUGGCAGGUGGUCCUGAGAAGCAGCUGGAAGCCCUCAGCUACGCCCGGCAUUUCCAGCCCUUUGCUCGGCUGCACCAGCGGGAGAUCCAGGUGAUGAUGGGCAGUCUGGUGUACCUGCGGCUGGGUUUGGAGAAGUCGCCCUACUGCCACCUCCUGGACAACAGCCAUUGGGCCGAGAUCUGUGAGACCUUUACCCGGGAUGCUUGUUCCCUGCUGGGGCUUUCUGUGGAGUCACCCCUCAGCGUCAGAACCCUGCCCCGAGUUCCAGACCGAUGGCAGUGUGCUGGUCUUCUGUCUGCCUGCUGGGCUCUUGGUCUGGCCGCUCCAGCCCCUGCUUUGUUCUGCAGCUUUGCCUCUGGCUGUGUGGCGCUGCCCGUGCUGAUGAACAUCAAAGCUGUGAUCGAGCAGAGGCAGUGCACCGGGGUCUGGAGUCACAAGGACGAGUUACCGGUGAGGCCUAGCAGGGAGGUGUGGGCAGACGGUACCGGGGAGGACAGCAGGAGAGAACUGUACUCACCCCUCUGCUGGCCUCCCCAGAUUGAGAUCGAACUAGGGAUGAAGUGCUGGUACCACUCAGUGUUUGCGUGCCCCAUCCUCCGCCAGCAGACGUCGGAUUCUAACCCUCCCAUCAAGCUCAUCUGUGGUCACGUUAUCUCCCGAGACGCACUCAACAAGCUCAUUAAUGGAGGAAAGCUAAAGUGUCCCUACUGUCCCAUGGAGCAGAACCCAGCAGAUGGGAAACGCAUCAUAUUCUGAUUCCUGCCUGGAAGGAACUUUGUUGAAAGCGGUUUUCGCCCAUGAACCGUGGUGUGUCUUCGUGGGAGUGGUUGGCUUCAGUGGACUGUGGUUCAGAGCAGCUGGCUGAGGAGUGCCAGCAUGGGCAGGGGCCAAGGAGGGAGGUGAACCAACCUGCACUGGGCAGCUGGCCCUUGGCUGUAAGAGCAGGGAGAUGCUGGCCUCUGUGCUCUUGCUCUCUCCCCGUUUAUAAUUUGCCAUUGACUCAGUCACAACCAACAGAGAAGUAAAGGGCUUGACCAGCAGCAGCAGAUGUUCUUCCACGGCUGCCCUCAGUCAGGUCUCUUACUGCCACACCAACGCUUGCGUGCACUCCUCUCGCUGUACAGCCUCACAACUGUAUGUAUCCAUGUCCCACUGUAAAUAGUCCAGGUUAGAACUGAAUGCCAUUGUUUUAUAACUUGGAGCAAAUAUAUUCCUAGGGCUUCUCCUUA